AUGGAAUUAUUACUGAUAAAAUUCAAUAGCCUUGCAUCCAUUUCAGCUGUGACAUCAGCGCACAAAAUCACUCAACUAAAAGUCCCACUGUACGCCGACCCCCGACGAGCGGCUGAGCUCAGCUGUCACUUCGAAAUGGACGAUCAGAAGCUACACUCUGUCAAAUGGUACAGAGAUGUCCACGAAAUAUUUAGAUACAAUCCAUCACAGAAGCCGCCCAUUCGUCUCUUCAACAUAACGGGAAUAAUGGUACAAGGUGGAGAUUGUCAGAAAGACUCUUGCAUGGUACGAGUGAUGCCUCCACCAAUUGCUACACGUGCAGCAUACAGCUGCGAAGUGUCCACAGAAGGUCCUAAGUUCCAAAUAGCGAGGCAAACUAAACAUAUGACGGUUGUCGCUAUGCCGGACAAGGAUCCUGUUAUAACUGGAGCACCUAAAUUAGUGAAACCUGGAGAGCAAAUACUCCUCAACUGCACAUCCGAUUUCUCCCUACCGCCGUCUGAUAUUAAUUGGUAUAUAGACAAUGAAAUAGCAAAGACUGACGCGUGGCAGCGUAGAGAAUUAAGCGCACCUCAGCUGGGGGGUCUACGAGCGUCAUGGCGAGUGCUACGCGUCUCCGUACCGCCUACAGCGAGCGGCGCUCUACGAGUGCGCUGCGAAGCUGUACUACCCGUAGAACCGCCGGUAGUUCGAGACGCAAUUACUACUAUAACUGUGUAUUCACGUACGCAGUUGUCAAAGUAUGUCGCUAAUAGAGGUACGUGGCUUGUGUACACACAUCGAAUACAAAGCAAGUGGUAUGAUCGUUUUGAUCUGGACUUUCAAAGAAAUGUCAAGGUUUUUGAGCUUAUGAGGCUUGAUUUAAAGUACUUUCUGAGUGAUACUAGUUUAAGUGUAGAUAAAUGA